GCCAAGUUGCAAGAGAUUAUUGAGCAAGAAGAACGAGCUGGACGCACUGUGAAUAGUGAGGAAGCUAAAAUGUCCCCUCUUCACCAGCGCAUGGAUAUUGAUGACUCUGACGCAUGAUAUCAGCAACAACUAACACCCGCAUCUCAAGGCAACAAGAGAGAGCGGAACUUUUACUCACUCGGUACAGCCAGCGCUGGGCCAAGGACUACCUUCGCAAGAGAUUGGACUGGGCCUUUGAUGCGUCAGCAAGGUUGGAGGGUCUUUCUCCUCCAGUUUUGCCCCGUCACCUGGCUGCUGCCCGUUGCCUCUGCCAGUACAUUGAGGAGCAUCUGUCAGUCAAACUUCCACGCCAACAGCGGGCUUCCCGUGAACACUGUGCUUGCAUAACACAGUUCUGCCGAGAUGCCGAGCUAUAAAUGAAUACAUUGGGCUCAAUUUCAAAGGAAUUCAUUUUUAAUUUUGAUUAAGUAUUAUUUGGUUUCUUUGUACUGUAAAGAAUAUAAAAGAAAAGUAGUAAAGAGAAAUAUUAAAAAAUUUAGAAAAAGAAAGCCCAAUUUUCCAGGUGUCUUGUUAAAAAAUAUAUAUAUAUCCUGCUCAGGAUAUCAAUACUGCAUGAAUUUGUAUUACAAUAUUAAUUUGAUUCAAUUCUUCAUCUAUUGCACUUCCAAAUACAUUUAACAGAUAAAAAUACUAUAUUGAUAUAUUAUGUAAGGCAUAGUUCAUACUAAGAAUGUUUCAUAUAUCUAUAUUUUUUAAAGUAUGUAUCAAAAGUCUCAUGUUAGAAACUUAAGAUAGGGGCAUUGAACCAAACUACAUUUGGUAUGGUAGAUUUAUGUAAAUAUAUUUUUUUUCAAUCUCUGCAGGUAGAUUUGAUUUUCUUAGUUGAAACAUUACAUUCCACUCAGAACAUUCCUUCAAGAACAUAAGUUUAACUGUAUUUUGGGCAUACACAUACCACAGAUGCACACUCACACUUGUUAACCUUUCAUGAUGCAGGAUGUUCAUAUUUAUUACUUUUGCAUGCAUAAAUUGAUAAAUGUGUUUGCUAUUCAAGCUAAGGAAUCUAUGCAUGCUGAAACAAAUAUGUUCAGUCUUGAGCAUGAAUGGAGUCUGAAACUUUCUUUCUGUGAUUAUUUCUACCUAUUUGUUCUGUGAUCAGGAACUUUAUUCAUUCCAGUGUAAUAAAGAUCUGUUAUAGAUGUU